CUCUAUCUGAAAAUUAUUGGUAGUUUUAAGCCUAUGUGAUGGAAAUAUCAAAUGAUUCAGGCACUAAGAAACCAAAAAGGUUGACAUCUGUUGUCUGGAAUCAUUUUGAAAAGGUUAGAAAGGCUGACAUCUGUUAUGCUGUUUGUGUACAUUGUAACAAGAAACUUAGUGGUUCAAGUAACAGUGGAACUACUCAUCUGCGAAAUCACUUAAUGCGGUGUCUGAAAAGAUCAAACUUUGAUGUGUCUCAACUACUUGCAGCAAAGAGAAGGAAAAAAGAUAAUACCGUCAGCCUCGCAAACAUUAGUUUUGAUGAAGGUCAGAGGAAAGAAGAAUAUAUAAAGCCAACAAUCAUCAAGUUUGAUCAGGAGCACAAGAAAGAAGAAAUCAUUAACUUUGGGAGUAGUAAAUUUGAUCAGGGAAGGAGUCAACUUGAUCUUGCACGCAUGAUCAUAUUACAUGGAUACCCGUUGAACUUGGUUGAACAAGUAGGAUUCAAGGUCUUUGUAAAGAACCUCCAGCCUCUCUUUGAGUUUCUGCCAAAUAGUGAUGUAGAGGUUUCUUGUAUAGAAAUCUACAAGAGGGAGAAAGAGAAAGUGUAUCACAUGAUAAACAAAUUGCCCGGUCGGAUUAAUCUGUCUAUUGAAAUGUGGUCUUCAACAGAAAAUUCUUCAUAUUUGUGUCUAUAUGCACAUUAUAUUGAUGAGGAAUGGACAUUACAGAAGAAAAUCCUAAACUUUGUCACACUUGAUUCUUCUCAUACUGAAGACUUGCUUCCAGAAGUGAUUAUCAAAUGUCUCAAUGAGUGGGAUAUUGACUGCAAGCUGUUUUCCUUGACACUUGAUGAUUGUUCCAUUGAUGAUAACUUCACUUUUAGAAUCAAAGAGCGAGUUUCCGAGAAAAGGCCUUUUUUAAGUACUCGACAAUUACUUGACAUACGUUCCACAGCACAUCUCCUAAACUCCAUUGUUCAAGAUGCCAUGGAUGCAUUGCAUGAGGUCAUCCAAAAGAUUCGUGAAAGCAUCAGAUAUAUUAGAAGUUCACAAGUUGUGCUAGGAAAAUUUAAUGAAAUUGCUCAACAUGCUGGAAUUAACUCUCAGAAGGCCUUGUUUCUUGAUUUUCCUGUUCAUUGGAAAUCUACCUAUCUCAUGCUUGAAACUGCACUAGAAUACAGGAGUGCUUUUUCUCUCUUCCAAGAACAUGAUCCCUCCUAUUCAACCACUCUAACUGAUGAAGAGUGGGAAUGGGUCAGUUCUGUUUCUGGAUAUUUGAAACUUUUAGUUGAAAUUAUGAAUGUCUUUUCUGGCCACAGUUUUCCUACUGCUAGUAUAUACUUCCCUGAGAUUUGUGACAUCCAUAUUCAAUUAAUUGACUGGUGCAGAAGUUCAGAUAAUUUUCUUAGUUCAAUGGCUUUGAAGAUGAAAGCCAAAUUUGAUAAGUACUGGAGCAAGUGCAGUUUGGCUUUAGCUGUAGCUGCAGUCUUAGACCCUCGGUUUAAAAUGAAGUUGGUUGAAUACUACUACUCCUUGAUUUAUGGCAGCACUGCUUUGGAACGUAUCAAGGAAGUUUCUGAUGGUAUAAAAGAACUUUUUAAUGCGUAUUCUAUCUGUUCAACAAUGGUUGAUCAAGGUUCAGCCUUGCCUGGUAGCAGCUUGCCUGGUACUACUUGUGGUGCCAGGGAUAGACUAAAAGGCUUUGACAGAUUUCUUCAUGAAACGUCAGAGAGUCAGUCCAUGACAUCAGAUUUAGACAAGUAUUUAGAGGAACCAAUAUUUCCUCGUAAUUCUGAUUUUAACAUAUUGAAUUGGUGGAAAGUCCACAUGCCAAGGUACCCAAUUUUGUCUAUGAUGGCACGUGAUGUUCUUGGGACUCCAAUGUCAACUUUGGCACCUGAAUUGGCAUUUAGCAUUGGGGGAAGAGUGCUAGAUUCUUCUCGUUGUUCUCUAAACCCAUAUACACGAGAGGCUUUAAUAUGCACACAAGAUUGGCUCCAAAAUGAAUCAAGAGAUUUAAAUCCAUCUCCGAUCCAUUCUGCUUUAUCCCUUCUCCUUGAAUCAAGUUGAUUUUUUCUGGGUCUUAUUAAAGGAAGCUGCCUUAGAAUUUUCAAGUGCGCCUUUGUUCCUCCUUUGUUUCCUAUUGAGGGUUGCUUGCCCUUGAUAUGAAAAUCGCUCCUUGCAGGAAAAAGUUUUCUUUUCUU